AUGUCACAGAAGACUCUGACCAUGUGUGGGUGGAGCGUGGAGCAGACACUUGUGUCGCAAGAGUUGCAGGCACAUGUUGCUCAAGAACUGAGCGUUGGCGAGAAUGUUACACUGCGGUGGAGCCAUUUCGUGGGGACUGACAGAGGCUGGUACUCGUGGGGAUAUGUCCGCGACAGUUCAGGCAAUUUUUUGGAUUCGAUCACCGGCAACACAAAGGCAACUGGAACAUUCGAUUGGCAAGUUCCCAGCCGGCUGUGCGGCAAACAGAUUCAACUGGAAAUGUGCAGCGGCAGUCCUCCACGGAAGACCAAGCAUGCCUGCCACAGGUCAACAGUUCUGAUGGUCAAAGGUAGCUGUGCUGAUCUGGGGACCAGCGAGAAGAGUGAAAGGCUGACACUGACAACCACGACCGCCUUUGCGAAGGUGCGCGAGCUUGGACCCUUGCCAUUAGACUCGAGGUCGCGACGAUGGACGCCAGCUUUUAACCAAAGCCAAGGCAUGGUCACAGAGGGCACAGGGGACGCGCAAGAUUUGUCCUUGUCCAUCGCGCUGGUGGUCGUUUGGCUGGGCAGGUUGCCUCAUUUUGUGGAUGCUUUUGCAGAUACGGCCCAGGACUCUGGAGCGACGUUCUUCAUCUUUCACACACAUGAUGAGGCACCUACCCGGACAUGGAAGCACGUGCAUUUCAGGCACUUGCCCUUGAAGAGCUUGGCCAUGAGACUCUGGAAGACCGAAGCAGUGCAAAAAGCCUUCGGUGCCAUGCCUUUUGCAUCCUUCGAAGGCCGUGUGGCAGAGUGCUAUGCUGAUGACAAUCCAGCGAAGGGCAACGACCUGAAACCUCUGUAUGGAGCUCUCUUCGAGGAGGAGCUUCAGGGUUUUUCGCACUGGGGCUGGACAGAUUUGGACAUGAUUUGGGGAAGGCUGGAGACGUUCUUGACCCCUCAGAUCCUAAGCUACGAUGUGAUCUCCUUCCCGGAUGGGGCCCGGCCAGCCUUGUACUUGUCAGGCCAACUUACCGUCUUCAAGAACGCGGAGCUUUGGCGCCACUUUGUGGGUGAUUGCUUGCAAGGUGAAGGCCAUGUGAACUAUGGGGGCUGCUAUGUAGAAGGGCUUCUGUCAGAGGCAAACCUCUUCUUUGACGAGAAGCUUGCCAUAUGGUAUGCUGCGCUGAGGAACGCACGCAUCUGGGUUGAUUUCAGCAUACUGCUCAUUGAACCCAGGUGGUUACGCCUAUCUGGAUACCACGUGCAGAAGCUGUCUCGUAAGCAAGGGCGGCUUUUGGUACACGGAAGUCAGGGUUUGCCCUUCGUGGAUGUUGAGCGUCGGAACAUGGAGGUGCACGAACUGAAGAACUCGUCUGACUGCUACACAGAGUUCGGCCACGGAUGGAGCUUUGCAUGUGUUCCAUCCGAGGGAGGCGAUGCAUUCGGCGUCGCGUAUGAAAUCGAUGCUGGACGGAGACUUCUGCUGUGGCCGUCACCACCUCAUCUGGUGGACGGCGGAGUUGAGUUUGCAGCACUGCACUUGCAUCGGAGCAAGGAAGGCUUUCAAUGGGAGCCCUGCCAAGCAACGGUGACCUGCCAAAGAGAACGCCAGUCAGGCGAGUCAAGCAUUAAGUGCGAAUGCAACUCUGUAGGGUUUGGUGAGUCUGGUGCCUCGUGGAACCUCCCGAUUCCUAACAUCGUUCAUUUCGUUUUAACCGACCGCAACACGCGCUUCUUUGACUGGCCGUGCUAUGCAGCCAUCCGAAGUGCGUGGGAGAAACUGAAGCCUGACCAACUGCUUGUCCAUGUACUAGAUGGAGUCGAACCCAGCACUUUUGAUCACUGGUGGCAGGCUGCCAAAGCUUUCAUCACUGCCGUGAUGCCGUUUCCACGUUCGGCUGUGCCCUUUUCGCUGAAUGGACUUCGGCUCCGCCAUCCUGCUUUCAUAGCCGACUUCAGGCGCAUUCAAGUCCUCUAUGAGUGGGGAGGUAUCUACAUGGACACCGACGCAUUGUCCCUUUGCAGCUUCACGGAGCUUAGACGAUGGAGAGCAGUGCUGGCACGACAAGGUGGAACGGAGCUGCGAGCUACAGUGGGCUUGAUGAUGUUUGAGAAGAGGUCUCCGCUCUUGCCACCUCUUCUCGAGCGCAUGCAACGGGCAUACACUGGAUCCUGGGGAGUACAUGCUGGGCACGUGCUUGAUGAUGUGCUGGCAGACACGCGGCCACAAGGAGUUGCCAUCCUAGCGCACAGCAGCGGCUUCUUUGCAUCUUCAUGGCACGCGUCAGACUUUGUUGAGUUGAUGGAAGAGUCCGGGCUCGUGGACUGGAGCCGAUGCUGGUCCCUUCAUCUUUACAACUCUCAAACCAAGCGAUUCACAAAAGAUCCGGUCGAGCUUUGCAGAGGAUCAUCGUACAAGUCCGGAGAUCUCUGCAAGGGCCUGCACCGAGCAAUUGAUAUGAGCAGCAUCUAUGAGAUGGUUGACCGCGGCUACCCUCUCAUGAACAGUAGUAUAGAAGAAGCUUUUCAGAAGAAAGCGGAAGAGCAAGCAGCUCGGUUUGAUGUCCCUGUGUCUCAUUCCCUAGACAUUCAGCGGGAGACCUCGGACACCCCGGACACUUCGGAGACCCCGGACACCUCGGAGACGUCGGAGACCCCGAAGGAACCACACGCUGAACUUUGA